ACACACACACACACAGGACUCACUGUUAGACAGAGGCGAUGGUUCACUCCUGCAGCAUUUUUUGCAGCGAGCAGUGUCCGCAGUCGGUCUUCUCCUCUCACUCUUUGCUCUGCUCAUCAUCUACAGUAUGUGACUCCAUCUGCUAAAGGAGGAGAGGAGAGGGAGCGUCUGCUUUCUGCCAACACAUCCGUGGUAAAUGAAGUACCUACUCGCCGCUGAAGGACAGGAUAAGUGGAGGAAACAAAAAGCAGGAUAAGGAGAGAUGUAACAGGCAGACCACAUUCGUGCACUGUGUUACUACUGCUGACAUCAUCAUUUAUACAAACACGGAGCGAUCUAUACAUCAGCACUUCUGUCACACAGUGUAUUUCAUUAAGGAACUUACUCUGUAGGCUACUCUCUGUAUUGCUCACCUGGGACGUUUUGCUUUGGAGACAUAUCUCUGUGGAUUAUUGCCACUCCAAAGCCUGAACAAAGAAGAAACAAGACACCACUCUGCUAUGUUGUUGUUGUGUUGCUUCACAUGAAACACCAAGAUGCUCCACGCAUGGGGUUAGUUACAUGUGAGAUGUCCAUGUCUCUUAUACGGAAACACACAGGAGGUCCCAGGAGAAGAUGGCAUUCUGGAGGAGAAACAAGCCCGUUGAGAAAGAACGCCAUGUAAAAGCUAAUGCGCAGAUCUUCAAUGCCAAGUUCUGCUACGCCGACAAUCGCAUUAAAACCUCAAAGUACAGCAUCUUCACCUUCCUGCCCAUCAACUUGUUUGAGCAGCUCCAGAGGGUGGCUAACGCUUACUUCAUAGUGCUGCUGAUCCUGCAGGUAAUUCCAGCAAUAUCCUCUCUGUCCUGGUUCACAACCAUCGUGCCUUUGGUGUUUGUGCUCUUGAUUACGGCUGUCAAGGACGCCACCGAUGACUAUUUCCGACAUACAAGCGACCAACAAGUCAACAACCGCCUGUCUCAGGUCCUCAUUACGGGAAGUUUGCAGAAUGAGAAAUGGAUGAACAUCCAAGUAGGCGACAUCAUCAGACUGGAGAAUAAUCAAUUUGUUGCAGCAGACAUCCUCCUCCUCUGCAGCAGUGAGCCCAAUGGACUGUGCUACAUUGAGACUGCAGAGCUAGAUGGUGAGACAAAUCUGAAAGUUCGUCAGGCCUUAGUCAUCACCUCAGAUUUGGGAGAGAUUUCAAAACUGAUGGAUUUUGAUGGAGAAGUCAUUUGUGAACCACCCAACAACAAGCUGGAUACAUUCACUGGAACAUUAUACUGGAGAGACAAUAAAUACCCUCUGGAUAACGGGAAAAUGCUGCUUCGAGGUUGUGUACUCAGAAACACUGAGUGGUGUUUUGGAAUGGUUAUUUUUGCUGGGCCACAAACCAAACUGAUGCAGAACUGUGGAAGAACAACUUUCAAAAGAACAAGUAUUGACAAACUGAUGAACACCUUGGUUUUGUGGAUCUUUGCCUUCCUCAUAUGUAUGGGAGUUAUUUUGGCCAUUGGAAACACGAUCUGGGAAAGUCAGAUUGGCAUAAACUUCCAGGUGUUUUUGCAGGGGAAUGAGAGUCACAGCAGCCCUGUUUUCUCUGGCUUCCUCACCUUCUGGUCCUACAUCAUCAUCCUCAACACCGUCGUGCCCAUCUCUCUCUAUGUCAGUGUGGAAGUUCUGCGACUCGGUCACAGUUACUUCAUUAACUGGGACCAGAGGAUGUUCUGCAGACAGGCAGACACUGCAGCCCAAGCUCGCACCACCACCCUGAACGAGGAGCUGGGCCAGGUGGAGUUCAUCUUUUCUGACAAGACCGGCACCCUCACCCAGAACAUCAUGGUGUUCAGGAAGUGCUCCAUCAAUGCAAAGACGUAUGGUGAUGUUUAUGAUGAAUUUGACCAGAAGGUGGAAAUCACAGAGAAAACUGCCAGUGUGGACUUUUCCUUCAACCCUCUCUGUGACAGAGGGUUCAAGUUUCACGAUGGCAGCCUGGUUGAAGCUGUAAAACUGGAGGAGCCAGUGGUUCAGGAUUUCUUCAGACUGCUGGCUCUGUGCCACACUGUGAUGCCAGAGGAGAAGAGUGAAGGGCAUCUGGUGUACCAGGCCCAGUCACCUGACGAGGGAGCGCUGGUCACCGCAGCAAGAAACUUUGGCUUUGUCCUCUGUACCCGGACUCCUGAGACCAUCACGCUGUGUGAGAUGGGACAAGUAGUCACCUACCAGCUGCUGGCCAUACUGGACUUCAACAACGUGCGCAAGAGAAUGAGUGUCAUUGUGAGAAACCCAAAAGGCCAAAUUAAACUUUACUCCAAAGGAGCCGAUACUGUUAUCUUUGAGCGCCUGGAUUCAUCCUGUCAUGACCUCAUGUACACGACCUCAGAGCAUCUCAGUGAAUUUGCUGGAGAAGGGCUUCGAACUUUAGCCUUGGCCUACAAAGAUCUUGAUGAAAGUUAUUUUGAAGUCUGGACGAAGAAGCUUCUGUUUGUCAGCACUGAGAUCGAGAACCGUGAUGAUAAUCUGGCAGUUCUCUAUGAGGAGAUUGAACAAGACUUGAAGCUUCUCGGAGCUACAGCCAUCGAGGACAAACUACAAGAAGGAGUCCCAGAAACAAUCACCUGUCUGAAUCUAGCUGACAUCAAGAUCUGGGUCCUCACGGGUGACAAACUUGAGACUGCGAUGAACAUCGGCUAUUCCUGCAACAUGCUGCGAGAUGACAUGAACGAGGUGUUUGUCCUGUCGGGCCACACACUGCUGGAGGUGCAGCAGCAGCUCAGAAGCGCCAAGGAGCACAUUCUGGGCCUGAGUCGAGUUAGCAGCACAGGAGAUGCUGACACCGAUGACUCUGUGUUCGAAGAAACAAUCAUUGCAGAGUACGCCUUAGUCAUCAAUGGACACAGUUUGGCUCAUGCCCUGGAGCCACAGCUGGAGCACAUUUUGUUGGACUUGGCCUGUUUGUGUAAAACAGUCAUCUGCUGCCGAGUCACACCGAUGCAGAAGGCUCAGGUUGUGGAGCUGGUGAAGAGGCACAAGAGGGCCGUCACCCUGGCCAUAGGAGAUGGAGCCAAUGACGUCAGCAUGAUCAAGACUGCUCACAUAGGUGUCGGCAUCAGUGGUCAGGAGGGGAUGCAGGCCGUCCUGGCCUCAGAUUAUUCCUUUGCUCAGUUUCGGUACCUUCAGCGCCUCCUGCUGGUGCAUGGACGCUGGUCCUACUUCCGCAUGUGUAACUUCCUGUGCUACUUCUUCUACAAGAACUUUGCCUUCACACUGGUACACUUCUGGUAUGGCUUCUUCUGUGGUUUCUCAGCUCAGACGGUGUAUGACCAGUGGUUCAUAACCCUCUUCAAUAUAAUCUAUACAUCUUUGCCAGUCCUGGCAAUGGGGCUUUUUGAUCAGGAUGUGAAUGAACAGAACAGCCUCUGCUACCCAAGCCUGUACAGACUCGGCCAACAAAACCUUCUCUUCAACAAGCGGCAGUUUUUCCUGUGCGCACUGAAGGGGAUGAGCACGUCAUUCCUGCUCUUCUUUGUUCCCUGUGGAGCAUUCGCCGUCAUGGUGAGAGAGGACGGCUCCCACUUUUCUGACCGACAAGCUUUUGCUGUUACUAUAGCGACAUCCUUGGUUUUUGUUGUCACUGUUCAGAUUGGACUUGACACACACUACUGGACAGCUGUCAAUCAGCUCUUCAUAUGGGGGAGUCUCAUCGUGUACUUUGCCAUUUUAUUUGCAAUGCAAAGCAAUGGCAUGUUUGGCCUUUUCCCAAGCAGUUUCUCUUUCGUAGGCACGGCCCGCAACUGUCUACGAGAGAAGAGUGUGUGGCUGGUCAUUCUGCUCACCACCGUGGUGUGUGUUGUGCCUGGCUUAGCUGUCAGCUUCCUGAACGCAGACCUCUUCCCAACUCUAACAGACAAGGUUCGUAACCUACAGCAGUCAAGAAAGAAGCAGGGGCCUGAGGGGCAGAACCUGAGGCGAGUACGCAGGACGAGCUCCCGUCGUUCAGCCUAUGCCUUCUCCCACCAACAGGGUUACGGAGAGCUGAUAACCUCAGGCAAAAACAUGAGGAGGAGCUCAGUGUCCUCUGCUCACUCUCCUGAAACGACACAACACAACUCCACCUGGAUAGAAAACAUGUUAAAGAGGACGAAUGAGGUCUCUUGCAUCUCUGAUGAGGGCACAGGAGAUUCAGAGGGCAACAACACGUCACAGACUCCAAAGCAGCAAGUCACAGUCUGAGAUCAACCUCUGAUUUACACUGUACCGUAAACACUAUAGGAAACCACAGACACGGGUCCCAGAGAUCAUGCACAAGGUAUGAGUGUCCUUAUUUUGGGUAAAUGAAACCUCAGACCCAAAAACACAGAUGUACCUCAUUUGUAAUAGUGUAAUUAAUGUGGGCAAGCUGGAACGUUUAGAACCAAGUAAAACAGGAUUGUCUGGGGCAACCAUUUUCAUAAAUGGUACAAACAGUGCCUGUGUUGCCAAAGUUACCAAAGACUUAUUUACCAUCCAACAUUAAUCAACUGACCUACUUUCAUUCAUUCAAUAAUACCUGUCUUUUCUGAUUAGGAAACAUUUCCGGCAGAUUUCAAACCAGUGUUAUGCAAAGUGUAAACCUAAUGCUCUGCUCCAGCACCAGUUGAAAAGGUUUAAUAGUUAGGUCUUUAAAAUGUGUAUAUGCAUUAAAUUAGAAACUUCAUAGCAGUACAUAACGGUAAAUAUAAUGCUAAGCACAACCAAAUAAUUGGUCUAAAUAUCUUUUUACAUUUUACUGGCUUAUGUUUUGUCUAUAAAUUUGAGGAGUCAUUUGAACAAACAAGCAUUUGUGGACAAGAAAGUACAGAUGUAUCUUUGAGCUGUGCUGUACCUUGUUUGGUUGCACUUAAAGAUAACAUUUUUGAUAA